CACAUAUCUCAUCUGUAACUGCAGAUCUGUGAAUCCGGUGAAAAGUCAGCAUCUUUACAAGCAAUGGAAGAAAUUUAUGCCAACAUUGAACAUGAUAAACAUGUCUGCCCAGUUUCUGCAACAGAUCACAGAGGCUCAAGCAGCUCUAAGAGGAGGGUUUAUUUGGGUGUCAUUCUCUCUGUGGCUCUCCUGAGUGUUUGCCUGCUGGCUGGACUCAUUGUUCUUGGCAUCUGCUAUCACAACUCAGGGGAGUCAGUUGCAGAUCUCUUCGCCAUCAACAACAAUCUGUCUAAGCAUCUUCAGACAAGUGAUAACAAGAUUUCUGCCCUGACAGAAGAGAUAAAUCAGUUAAAGGCCAACCUCACUCAAAUGACUGAAGAGCUGAACACUGUUAAGGUGUCCAAACGGAAUAGAACAUGUCCUGCAGGAUGGAUCAGGUUCGGUUGUUCCUGUUACCUCCUCUCAUCAAAGUCUGGUUCCUGGGAUAAAGGCAGAGAGGACUGCAGAGGCCAAGGAGCCGAUCUGGUGGUGAUAGACAGCGCUGAAGUACAGACAUUUCUCUCUACACUCACCAAGAAACCAACUUGGAUUGGUUUAAAUGACAAGGAAAACGAGGGGAUCUGGAAAUGGGUGGAUGGAAGUCCCCUGAAUCUGACGUACUGGGCAAACAAACAGCCAGACAACGGCAAUAGAGACUCAAGGUAUGGUGAAGAGGACUGUGCACAAAUCAUAAAAGAUGGCGGCACAUCUUGGAAUGAUAUUAAAUGUACAGAUUCUUCAGAGUGGAUCUGUGAAAAAUUUCUUUUCUAA